AGUCUGUCCCAGCUCCUGCCAGGCUCCAUCUGACCGUAGGAGAGCAAUCCUGGACCCAAGCUCUAGCCAAAGAGCCUCUCUCCUCCACUCAGGCUGGGAGGUUGCUUUCUAGGAGCUCAGGAUGCAAAGGUGGACACUGUGGGCUGCAGCCUUCCUGACCCUCCACUCUGCACAGGCCUUUCCACAAACAGACAUCAAUAUCAGCCCAGCCCUGCCAGAGCUGCCCCAGCCUUCUCUGUGCCCCCUGUUCUGGAUGGAGUUCAAAGGCCACUGCUAUCGAUUCUUCCCUCUCAAUAAGACCUGGGCUGAGGCCGACCUCUACUGUUCUGAGUUCUCUGUGGGCAGGAAGUCCGCCAAGCUGGCCUCCAUCCACAGCUGGGAGGAGAAUGUCUUUGUGUAUGACCUCGUGAACAGCUGUGUUCCCGGCAUCCCAGCUGACGUCUGGACAGGCCUUCAUGAUCAUAGACAGGAAGGGCAGUUCGAAUGGACUGAUGGUUCAUCGUAUGACUACAGCUACUGGGAUGGCAGCCAGCCAGAUGAUGGUGUCCACGCGGACCCAGAAGAAGAGGACUGCGUGCAGAUAUGGUACAGGCCUACCAGUGCUCUGAGAUCAUGGAAUGAUAAUACCUGCAGCCGGAAGUUCCCCUUUGUCUGCAAAAUCCCAUCUCUGACCAUUCAUUGAUCCUGUCUCGUCCUACUGGUCCUUUGAACUGGAACAUCAGCUUUUCUUCUGCCUUUG